GCGAGCGGAGAGGACGGCCCCAGGAGCACCCAGCAGGCAGAGAGAAGCUGAAAUGCCCCAGUGCAAAACCUGUUUUAAAGGACAGGUUGAAUCGCCUCAAUCCACCCUCAGAACCAGUUCCUAAACUAGCCCAUGUUGACAAGAAUAAGAGGGAUGCUCUCAGAAACGUGCCCAAGGGUGCUCCAAGGGAUGGCAAAUUUGGUGCCAGAUCUGUACCACACGCUGGCCACGCUGCUCAGAAACCUUCAAAUCCAGCCCAGAGAGCAACAGGGCUGCCUCCAGAGCAGCCAAGGAAGAGGACAGAUCUUCACUCUACCCAGCCCAGAGGGAAGCUCCCAACUUCAUCCUCUGGUCACCUAAAUGCAGCCAGGAACAGGAACCCUGCACUGGAGACUGCUACCACUGCAGCACCCCAGGCUGGCAGUGACCCCCCCCAUCCUGGGACACCUUGCUCCCCACAGGAGGGCCCACAGAACAGGCUGGGCUGCAACAAGGAAAACAUCCCAGCAAAAGCCUCCACACACCCUGUGCUGAAUGGAGCUUCCCAGUCUGAUGGAAAAAAUCUUGGGAACCAAGGAGUCUUGGCUCAGAGGCAAAGCUCAGCCAUGGUGUCCAGAACCAUCCUGGGCCCAAAGGACAGGAUUACUCACUGCCUGGCUAAGAAAGAGACAACUCAGGAUAAAUUCCAGAGAUCCCUGACAGGCUCAAGGAGCCUGUCUCAAAACCCAAGUGUCCAAACCCAGCAGCUGCAGCCCUCUGGCUCACUCACUGCUGCUGCUGCUUUGCCCCAUCAAAAAUCAGGGGCAAAGCAGGAAAAAACUGAGGUGGCAAAGCCACCCCUCAGGAAGCCCCUGAGCAUCCACCCCGUGGGACCUCCGAAGCACUACAGCAGACCCCCUCAAACGAAAAGACCCCCCCCAAAACCUCUGGCCUCCAGCAGGCCCCAGGGGACCACAAAGGUGACAUCCAGCCUGCAAGCAGCCCAGGGGCAGAGGCCCCCAGCGAAGUGGGAGGCGGGUAGGAAGGACGUGAAGGUGCUGCCCCCCUUCCACUCAGCAACAGCCCGUGUGGCAGCCCCCCAAAACCGCCCUGGGGGCACACAAGGCUCCAAAACUCAACCAGUGGGGAGUGGUUUGAGGAGCAGGAUGGAUGGGGUUAAAGCAGAGCUGCCAAAGGCCAGUGGGAUGUUGCCCAGGCGUGUCCCCAGGACCCCGUCCGCUGCGGAUCGCAAGAAGCAGCUGGAGGAGUGGUUGGCAUCCAAAGGCAAGACCUACAAGCGACCACCCAUGACACUGCUGCAGAAAAACCCAGUGAAGCUGACCUGGAGAAGUGUCAAGGAGAAAGACAAGCAAGAGAAAGCCAAGCAGCAAUCCCUGGAGAAGAUCAACAGCGUGUUAACUGAGUGCCUGAAGCUCGUUGAGGAGGGUGUCCAGGCCGAGGAGCUCUCUGCAGUGCUGUCCAACGUGCCCAACGCUGAGAAGUUUGCCAAAUUCUGGAUCUGCCAAGCGAAGCUGCUGGCCAGGGGGGGGCCCUUCGACGUGACGGGGCUGUACAGAGCCGCAGUCUGCGCCGGCGCGGCGCCGCUCCAGGAGCUCAGAGACGUCGUCCUUGACAUUUUGAAGGCUGCAGACCAAACACCAGCAGGGCAAAAGGCUGAGCAGCCCCUGCCUUGUGAGCCUACGACACCUUCUCUGAGUGAGAGGCAGCCCGUGGCAACGACCCCCUGGGUUUACCCAAAAAGCUCUUCUCUCUGCAGAGGAAAAGAGCUGCUGGAAGGGCAGGAGCUGAAGCUGCUGACGCCCGUGCGGCGCUCGGUGCGGAUAGAGCGGGAGAUGCUGAAGGACCACGACCCCGUGGUGUCCUCCCUCAGGGAGCUCCUGAACAUCGAGGAGGACGCUCAGUUCUUCUUCAGGAGGAACAAAGCUUUGCCCGAGGUGGUGGAGCUGGAGGGU